UGAAAAGAAGCGCGUCUUAAGAAGGUUGUUGCGUGGUCCGAUAUCUUUAUUUUCCGCGUUGCUCGACUGCGCUUUCCCUUUGAGCCCGCGGCGCGGAGACAUCAACGUUAUUAGCGCGCAUCUCAAAUCUGGUCUUUAGUAAAACUCCAGUCAGCCCUUAACAUUUAUUGUGAGCGGUCGAAUUAGACUGGAUCCCCGCUUUAAAGCAAAGCCGAAGUAGACGCGGGCUUGGCCUUGAAAUAUGGACAGGGGCUUUUUCCCACGAAGGAAGAGGUUCCCCAGAAGAUGCCAUGAUCAGUGGUUUCAGCAGAACUAUAUACCAAAUGAAAACUUUUGGAUGGAUUCUUGGGACAUGCCACAGAAUCAGUUUCCAAAGAGACCCCCUCCAUGGCGGAACCACCACUAUCCAGACCAAGAGAGGCCCUACAACGUCGGUUUUGAUAAUUACACCCGGGGUUCCUACCAUAGGCGUCCUUACCGUGGUCGUUUUUGUACAAGAUCUAAAAAGACCUUGAAAGGAAGAGGUAAUUUUCAAAACCAAUCAAGUUCUUCCUUCUCAAUCAAUGUGCCGGUCAAACCAAAAGAUAGUCAGCCUGACGAAGAAUCUCCUAGCCAGACUGACUCUGUUGUUUCUGCUGAAACUGUUGCAGAAGAAGAAUCACCACCUGGAAUUACAAAAAUCCCUCUUCACACCCAGAAUGAAGAUAUUGUAUUGCAACUUCAGGAUAAACUGAAAGAUUGUGAGGUCACUGAAGAUCUUCUCAGUCAGACUGUCUCUAUUUUGUCUCCUGGAGUAUCCACAGAAGAUAAAACAUCAUCUUGUAGCACAGAAGUCUUUCAAAACAUUGAGGAGAAAGAUUCUAUAUUGAGAUCGUUUUCAUUCAGACUUCCAGUUGACGUUGCAGCAACCUCAGUGGCAGGAAUCGCAGAUCUGCGAUCCUGCGCUGAACUCUCCCCAUCGAAGGGUUUUGUAAGGAGCCAAAACCACCCUGUAGGGGAGGCGAAGGACACAACUCUCCUGCUUGACCCGGGGAAAGCCCUCAAUCCCAAAGGCGAAGAGCAGCAGUGGCCACCAUGCCUGCCACAAAGCUGGAACAGCCAAAGCAACAAAGGCAGUGCAGGAGCGAGUAGAGGAACAGUGUGUGACUGGCUGCAAGCCAGCCAGUUUGCACAAGAUUCCAGCCAUGGUUUUUCAACCACAGCUGUAGAAAUAUCAUUCCUGUCAGAGAAUGCUAAUGAUGAUCAGUGUGAGAGAAGAGAAGAAAUUGAGCUGACUAAAACUUCAGCCAAGCAGGAUGAUACAGAUGACUCUCAAGCUUAUGCUGCUGCUCCAGCUCUUGAUUCUUCCAGCCUUCCAAGUACCCUCAAUGAUAUUCCCCAUGAGUCUCUGCUGGUCAGAGAAAAAGAUAAUGAAUUGACUGAAAUUUCAGCCAAGCACCAGAAUGAUACAGAUGAUUCUCAAGCUUAUGUUGUUGCUCCAGCUCUUGAUUCUUCCAGCCUUCCAAAUACCCUCAAUGAUAUUCCCUUUGAGCCUGUGCUAGUGAGAGAAAAAGAUACUGGACUGACUGAAAUUUCAGCCAAGCAGAAUGAUACAGACGGUUCUCAAGCUUAUGUUGUUGCACCAGCUCUUGGUUUUUCCAGCCUUCCAAGUACCCUCAAUGAUAUUCCCCGUGAGCCUGUGCUAGUGAGAGAAAAAGAUACUGGACUGACUGAAACUUCAGCCAAGCACCAGAAUGAUACAGAUGGUUCUCAAGCUUAUGUUGUUGCACCAGCUCUUGGUUUUUCCAGCCUUCCAAGUACCCUCAAUGAUAUUCCCUGUGAGCCUGUGCUACUGAGAGAAAUAGAUACUGGACUGACUGAAAUUUCAGCCAAGCACCAGAAUGAUACAGACGAUUCUCAAGCUUAUUUUGUUGCUCCAGCUCUUGAUUCUUCCAGCCUUCCGAGUACCCUCAAUGAUAUUCCCUUUGAGCCUGUGCAAGUGAGAGAAAUAGAUACUGGACUGACUGAAACUUCAGCCAAGCAGGAUGAUACAGACGACUCUCAAGCUUAUGUUGUUGCUCCAGCUCUUGGUUUUUCCAGCCUUCCAAGUACCCUCAAUGAUAUUCGCUGUGUACCUGUGCUAGUGAGAAGAAAAGUUAUUGAAUUGGCUGAAAACCAAAGAGCAUGGGCACCUGAAGAUUAUCAGGAGCCACCCUGGAAUGUGAACCAAGCUGACCAGUAUCUCAAAGUCUCUGAAUGUUACAAAGACUCCGUGUCUACUUCUAUUUCUUCUAAUGGAAAUCGUAAUAUUGAAAGCCUGGUAAAAUCCAAGUCUUGUUCUCCAAGGAUUCAUCACAGCAUCAGUUCCAAGCAUUCUAGUACAAAUCAGACCUCAAGAGACUUACGUUGUCAAAGUCCAAAAUCCUACGUCAAGCAAGAAUGUAGCUCAAGAUCUUUUGGCAAGCGAGAGCUGUCCACUGAAAGACAGGACAGAAGUUCAAAAUUAUCCUGUAGGCGAGAACGUAGUUCAGGAUCUUCCCUCAAACAAGAAGUCUCUCCUCAAAGAGAAAAGCAUACAUCAAAAUCUCCUUACAGUCAAAAACAGUCUUCUCAGAAACGGGACCGUAACCCAAAAACCUCUCUCAUGCAAGAACAUAGUGUGAAAUCAACGCACAAGCAAAAGCAUAGUUCAAGUUCUCCAAAAAUGAAAGAAAAUUCAAAAUCUCAGAAGCUGGAUAGGUGGAAAAAGAAAAAGUCAGGAAGAAGUUGUUGCUGCCAUUGUAAUUACCAUUGUCAACAGAGCUGCAGUCCGUCCCGAGAGAGUUUGUGGCACAGAUGUUGCUCUCCUUCUUACUUAACUUGCAAAAUAGAACACCUCAAUGUUUCCAAAGAAAUAGGAAAUGUCUAUGGAAUGCCAUACCACCUUUCUCCAGAGAAGUCCAUUGCGAAUAAAAAGGAAAUAAGAGAGAGCAGACAAGUGGUGGAACCUAAGAUACCGGUAAUUGAAAAGAAAAGAAAAAGAGCAAAAUCAAGGACUGGAAGAAAACCUUUGAAGAUACAGUCAUCAACCAAAAAGAAGAGGACAAGCUCUCCUUGCCACCUUAAUGCUGAAGAAGAAACUUCAGUCCCAUCCUGGACUCCUAAAGACCGAUCUGCAGCAGUGCUGGCAAGAAAAGAAGAGCUUGAACAGGCCUACCUGCAGGUCCUUCUCAACUUUGGAGCAAUAGCCAUCAUGCUGGUGGAAAAGGAACCCUGCAUGAUAGAAGCAAUGAGCUCAGCACUACGAACUAACCUGAGAAAGAUUGGUAACUACUAUGAAUGCCUGCUAAAGAACUACAUUGACAGCUUAACUGAAGCCAAUUGAGAAGACCUCACAUUGGCAAAUCUACCUACUGUACCUGAAGCCUUUUCUAAGACAGUUAAUGGGAGGAAGCUUUCUGUUCUUCAGGCCCGGGAUAAAUGAUGGCCUUGGAGAAAGCCUCCUUUUGGUCGUAGAGCUGAGAAACCACUUUCUCCUGCAACAGCCGCAAGGCGCAUAAGUGACAGCUAGAAGAUUUGAAAGUAUUAUUGCAAUAUCAAUCCAAGGACUUUGGAAGAGAAAAUUGGGAGGAGGGAGGCACAAAGGAUAAACAGAGGAGUGGGAUGCCUAACGAAUUCUGAAUGGCUUUGGUAACUCAGGUCAGGUGGUAACUGGAAUAGGAGUAGAAUCUACUAAGUUUUAUACUUUGAGUUACAUGGAAGCAUCGCAUGUUCUUGGUAAGGGGGAAGAAGUUCUUAAUUUAGAUUAUUAAAAAUAUUGUUGAGCAGUUUUGAAUGUUGGACUUUGUGCAGAAGCAAGCUGGAGAAGGUCCCUGUUCUGUGUGGUCCAGUAAUACUCAAGAGCAGCCCUGAUGAAAAUAGUAUUUUCUCCUUUCAAAUCUAUGAAGUAAAUUUUUUUUUAAAAGAAUAAAAUCAUUUUGAAACAACUUAUAUCUCAGAGCUGCCUUUAUUGGUGAGUUUGCCUUCAAGGUGUUGUCCCUAUUCAGACAUAUUUUUUUAAACUUCUGGUUGUGGUUAGCAAGUUAAGUAUUCAAAUAAGAUAAUGAAGGUAGGCUUUCGGUCUAUUUUUCUUUAGCAUCUUUUCAAUAUAUCUCUAUGUGGAACUUUGGACAGUUAAUAAAGAUCCACCACAGGGUUUUAAAAUUUUAUGUGGACCAAAGAAAGGGGCUAUUAUUUACAUUAUGUUUCUCAUUCUCUGCAUUAAAAUUCAGAAAGUAUGUUGUUCCUUCUUU